AUGUACAUUAUCAAAGUUCGUGAGCGCGAGGGGUCGAUGGAUGGCAGGGAUGGCCAGCGCCAGGAGGAGGCGGGCGGAGCCGCCGCCGGCGGGAGUGGGAGUAACGCCGCAAUACCGGUGCGAUUGUCGCUGAAGGAGAGGUUCAUGAAAAUGAUUUACUCUAAGGAGGAAUUUGAAGCCUAUAUGAUUGCCAAGAGUCGCAAACGGCAGCAAAAAGAGACCAAAAAGUGAUCCGUAAUGAUGUGAUGAUUGUGGUGUGGAUUGCGAUGAUAGUCAUGUGGUCAUCCUAUAUGGUGUAUAUAUACCUCAAACUCUCCCUAAACUUAUUUUGUGUUUAAUUUAUUAAUUAUUUGUGUGUUUAUUGAAUUCAAUUGUC